AUGAUCGGUUCAGUUUAUAAAAUCGUCUGUAGUCAAAGCGACAUUUGCUACGUUGGUAGCACGUUUAAUCAACUCAAGCAUCGUAUGAUUGGACAUCGGUCUCAGUUUAAGCGUUGGGAUGACGGGAAACCAUCCGGUGAAAUUGCAAUUUAUCCAUACUUCCGAAAGUAUGGUCCGUAUGAGUUUAAGAUUAUGUUGAUCAAGCAGUAUGAGGUUGCUGAUAGAAAUCAGCUGCGCGCCUACGAAACGUUAUGGAUCAACAAAUUCAAGAAAACUUGUGUGAAUAAGGUACCUCCAUUUGGACUGCUGAAAAAGCAAAAGCAAAAAGUAAAUACAAAGAAAUACUGGGAAGCCAACAAAGAAGUGCUUAAUGAGAGAAACAAGACAUACAAUGAACUCAACAAGGAGAGACUUGUCGCGAAGAUUACCUGUGAAUGCGGUGGUCAUUACCAAUAUAGAGGCAGAACAUAUCACUUCAAAUCUCAAAAGCAUAUUAGAUGGAUGGAAGCUCAAUCAACCCAGUAG